AUGGCCGGUGCCAGUGACCCCGAAAAAACGCCGCCUCUCCGGCGGCUUGCCCAGGACUUCUCCGAUGUUGUACAUGGCGAAGACAUGGAGUUCAGGGAAGAAAACACCCCGAAUUUCCCCGUGGUGAAGCGCUUCGGGCUCAUCGGCAAGAUCUUGCUGCCCCAAAUGUUCUCGACGUUUUCGGAAUCCCAGCUCAUCACCAUUGCCGGCGCCGCAUCCGGCUUUAUAUCCGGCGUGUUUGUGUGUCCGCUUGACGUCGUGAAAACACGCUUCCAGGCGGCAAGCCUGCUGUACAAAUACUCCGGGUUUUUGCAAGCAUUCACCUCCAUAUUGCGUGACGAGGGCCUCCGAGGCCUUUACCGAGGAGUCGUCCCGGUGACAAUCGGCUACUUGCCCACAUGGGCUAUUUAUUUCACCGUGUACGAAAAAGCAAAGAACCACUACCCGAGUUUUUUCCAGCGGCGCUUUGGCCUUGAAAUCGACUGGCUCAAUCAUUUCGCCGCAUCCAUGACCGCGGGUGCGUGCUCGUCGUUCGUCGUGAAUCCCAUAUGGGUCGUGAAAACCAGACUCAUGGUGCAGACUGGCAAGGAAGACCUCCUUUACAAAGGCACCAUCGACGCGUUCAAAAAAAUGUACAAGAACGAAGGCAUUCGUGUAUUCUACAGUGGGCUUGUGCCCUCGCUUUUCGGGCUAGUGCAUGUCGGCAUCCAUUUCCCAACGUAUGAGGCAAUGAAGAAACUUCUCGGUGUGAACAGGACAAAAGAUCUUACGAAUGAUAACGAACACAAGCUCUGGCGCUUGCUUUUGGCGUCCUGUGGGUCCAAAAUGAUCGCGAGCACUGUGACAUACCCACAUGAGGUUCUACGAACACGCAUGCAAAUGCAAACACGCGAGGAGCGCAAGGCUUCAGGUAAGUUGGCUUCCGAAUUCAAGAAAAUUUUGCACAAGGCCGGGCCCAAGGGCUUCUACGCUGGCUAUGUAACAAACCUUGCACGCACGCUUCCUGCCAGUGCAGUUACUCUUGUUAGUUUCGAAUACUUCAAGACUUAUUUAUUGGAAAUCACAGGGAAACUUUCGAGCUGA